CAACUUUGACAUAAAUAUCUACAAAAAAUGAGUGAAUCCGAUGUCCUAACAUCCCGACGAGGGUACAAGAAAGCUUUGGAAAAAGAAGUCCCAUUCCGACGUUCGGAACAAUUUCACAAGGAAUUGAUGGAAGACUUUCGUUUUAUGGAAGCAGCUCGUAUGCAUUCUGGUGAAUACGGAGCAGCAAAUCUCAACACGGGACUUUUACAACCCCACCAGCGAUUUAAAGAAUUGAUGAUCUCAACUCCACAAGGACUAAUUAAUUUCGCUGCAUAUGCUCACAAGAUUAACAAUGAAAAAUCGGACAAACGUGUAGUUGAAGCAGAUAUGAGAUCAUUACGUUUUGGAACCCGAAUGGCAACCUCUCCACCGCUUGACAUAUUUGCACAUUGGCUUUUAAACACUUAUGCAUUCACAGUGCUGAUGGUUUUGGUGAUAUCGGUGAAUUCAAUCCUUAUCGCAGUGGAUAUGGAAAUUGACCAAGGAUCGAAAACCGAAGAUUUUCGGUCAGCUUUGGAAGCAUUGGAUUUUUUCUUCCUAAUGUUGUUCGUCGUUGAAAUUGGGCUGAAAUGGGUGGAUGACUUUCGAGCGUUCUGGAAAGAAGGAUGGAACGUCUUUGAUUUUCUCAUCACUGCUGUGUCGCUCGUCGCACCUCUCCUCGAUUUAAUGUUUGAUCAAGAAACGUUUAAAGACAAGGAGGAAGAGUUUGAAGGAUUAUUUCUCACUGUGAAAUAUUUACGAAUUAUUCGGAUAUUCAGAUCACUUAACGUUGUGACUAGAAUCCAUAAAAUUCGUCUCAUUUGGGAAGCCGUGGUCAAGACUUUUAGGGAGCUCUUUUUCAUCACGGCCCUGAUGGCAAUUUUCUUUUACAUUUUUGCCAUUGUUGGAAUCAAAUUGUUUGACAGAUACACGUUGUCGCAUGACCCAAGUUUACAAUACAGGGAAUCUUUUAAGAACCUUCCGAAUGCAUUCGUCACUUUAUUUCAAUUAUUUACGCUGGAUCACUACUCACAGCUUUUGGAUGAAAUGAUAAGCGUAUUGGGAUGGCCAUCACCCUGCAUUUAUGUUCUACUUUGGAUUUUCUUGGGCUCAUUCAUUUUCAUGAACAUUUUCACCGGUGUCAUGGUCAACAACUUUCAAAACAUCCGUCAAAGUCUGUUGGAAGAAGAUUCAUCGGUUGAGCAACACAAAAAAUUAGCAUUGGAGCUAAACGUUUUCGGAGAAGACGAGGACGCAGUAAAAAACGAGGAUCCGCACAUUAGUUGGGAAGAUGAAGUGUUUCAUAAUUUACAAAUUAUUUCCGCCCUGGGUAACAAUCUUUCGCCAACUAUUUGGCCAAGGGACACCCUUUUCCAGUACUACGUGCUCUUGGAAGCCUUGGCGAGUAAUGUGGAAGAGAAGAAUUAUAUUUUAAGACUACUCGAUAAUUCACUCUUACGACAUUUCGAUCAGUAAUUCGGUUUAUUAAUACUCUCCUCUCUUGUAAAUGAAUAAAUAAAUAAAUAAAACUAAUCAAUAGGUUCCAAAGGGAAAUAA